AUGGCUGAUGAUAAUAUUGAAUUAAACGAUAGCUUUGAAAGGUUGCUGUUACAAAGUGAUGACGAACAUGAUUCUGAUUUAAUGGAAACAAUUCAACAGGACAAAUCUGAUGAGUCCGAUAGUGCUGAUAGUGAAUCAACUGAUGGUGGUAGUGAUGAUGGUUCAGAAGAAUGGUCGAAAAAUGUGCAGAAACCUUUAAGAUGGGAUUUUGAUGACGGAACUGCGGGCAUGAAUAUGGAUAUGGUAAUGGAUUGCAAAGAACCUGUCGAUUACUAUAACUUAUUUAUGAACAACGAACUUAUCAAUUUUAUUGUGGAAGAAACUAAUCGUUAUGGACCAACAAAGAAUUCAAACUAUUUGCCGACAAAUAAUAUGGAAAUGCGAAAAUUUAUGGCUAUCAUUUUGCAAAUGGGAUAUGUUGUUCUGCCUAAACUCGAUGAUUAUUGGUCCUCUGACCCUGCUAUUGGCGGUAAAGCAAUAUGUGGAGGUGUAAUGACAAGGAAAAGAUUUUAUUCUUUGAUGAGAUCCCUCCACUUCGCUGACAAUGACAACAAUAAUGGAUCAAAAUUAUAUAAAAUAGAAAAAUUUGUCAACUUGUUCAUUGCCAGAUGUCAACACUUACUGGUUCCAGGCAGAGAUAUAUGCAUUGACGAAAGCAUGAUACCCUUUCGCGGCAGACUUCGAUUUCGUAUGUAUAUUCCUAGUAAAAGGCAUAAAUAUGGCAUCAAAAUCUUUAAAUUGUGUAGCAACAACGGAUACACUUAUAAUUUAUCAAUUUAUGCCGGUAAAGAGGACCAGCCAAGAUAUGGUUCUGUGGCAGAACGUGUAGUUUUAAAACUAAUGGAAAACCUUCUUGGACAUGGCAGAAUUCUGUAUACAGAUAACUGGUAUACAAGUAUGAAUUUGGCGAAAUCUUUAUUGGAAAACAAGACAAACUUAGUUGGGACGGCCAGAAAAAAUAGAAUUGGAUUUCCAAAACACGUAACUUCUCUGAAAUUGAAGAAAGGUGAUUAUGUUGCAGAACAAAAUGGUGAUGGUAUUAUGAUUUUAAAAUGGAAAGAUAAAAGAGAAGUUAUAAUGCUUUCAUCUAUUCACGAUGGUAGCAUUACGGAGAGAGGAAAACCUGCUGUUAUCGUAGAUUACAAUAAAGGGAAAUCGUUUAACGAUCUAUCUGACCAAUUGGGCUCUUAUUGUCCAUACGUACGUAAAGCAAUGAAAUGGUACCUCAGAAUCUUUUUUCAUAUAAUUACUCAAGUUUCCAUUGUUAAUGCUCUGCAUCUUUAUAAAUUACAUAGCGGAAAAAAUAUCAAAAUUGUACAAUUCAAAAGAGAUAUUGUCUCAUCAAUUUUGCAACUGGAAAAGCCAACAUCUUCUGGACGAAAACAUCAACUUGAAAAAGAACCAGGAGAAGGAACUAUUCGAAAACAACGUUGUACUGAAUGCUACAACAAAUUAUCAAAAGAAUUUGGUGCCACAAUUGCCAGGAAUCGUGCUAGUCAAAUUAAGACAAGAUCUCAUAUUAUACUAAGCACAUUUCCAAAUAUGACCUGGAUGAUCUAUGUAAAUACACCGUUUGAAAAUGUGAGACACCAGUUGUGGGACACCAGGACACCAGUGUCCCAUAAGUCAGAAUACUUGAUAUUGGUAGACAAAGUUAAACAGAAAAAAAUAAAACUACAUAAUCUUUGCGAAGAUACUUUUAUACAGAGUCAAAAAAAUGAUGAACUGCUUUUAAGUUAUAAGCAAGUUUAUAUUCUAUUUGAGAAGAAAGGUUAUGCACAAACAAGAAAAGAAAGUGUGCCAACUGAUGCCUAA